AUGGCCAUUUUUUUAUCUCCACCCUCAAUUAUCCCGCCCUCUAGUGGAGAAACUAGCUUUGUAGUAGAGAGCGAUCAUUUUCUAGCGUUCCUCAUACAUAAACUAUACCUUCGUCGCGAUGCGGCUAGGAGUGGGGGGUUGCGGAUAAUGAUUAGGGUCUAUGGCUUGAUCGGAAACACAAUCAUCACACCGCGCCUCCGAACCCACGACGCGACUAGGCUACCCAUGUCCUCUGCAGAAUAUUAG